GAGUCGCUCAGUGCCACAGUAGCGUCGGCUGCGCGAGUUAAUGAAAAACUGCCGCAUUUUACUCAAAACUUCCAAGGUUGAUAUAUAUCUAAGUAAUUUGAAACCCAUAAUUAACUAAUUUCCCAUCUUAUUGCCAGUCAGGUCUAGGAGAUUGAAAGGAGAUUGAAUAGGUAUAGGAGAUUGAAAUAGUAAAAUAAACAAUGGAAUUAAAUGACUAAAAUGGAUGCACGAAAGCCGUGUAAAGCAAGUAAAUGGUAGAAGCCCAACAACAGCAGCCGAUUAUACCAUCAGACAUCAUCGGGUGAACUGCACUUUUUGAGCUCGGUUCUUCAAAACAGUGAAAAGUUUGAAGAUAUUCAACAAACUUGGUGUUUCAGGGUUGAGGAUUAUGGCGCGGAGUACGAAAAGGUUCGAUGUUACCGAUUUGAUGCAGGAGAUUGAUGUAGCUAUGAGCGCCCUGAGUUUGUUGAUGCAAGAUAGUGAUGAUCCCGACGAUAGUGACGAUAGCGAUGAUACAGACGAUAGUGGCGAUACCGACGAUAGUGAUGAUUACGACGAUAGCGACGAUAGCGAUGACAGCGAUGAUGAAAUGCAACUCAUCUUUAGCACAAAAUUGCGAAGACUAAUGCGUCAUGUGAUCAAGAAUUCUGACGGUAACGGCGAAGAUGUUGUAUCCGUGAACUUGAAUUACGCAUGGUUCUUCGAAGAAGACAAUGGAUCAUGGGUAAAGAUCGGCUCCAAAGGUGAUUCCAACGUCACAAGUGCAAUCGAAAAACAUUAUCAGACACGUCCAACUACAAAAUUCAGGUUCACUGCAGGAAACUAUUCGUACGUUCUAGAUUUCACCAACAUGACUCAAACCAACACCACGACCGGCAGAGUGCGUAAGGUAUAUCGACACGAGAACAUCACAUCCAUGCCGGGUGCUACUUCUGACUUGGCUAGUGCCGCACCAGAUCAAAAAAUCACCGAUAUCCCCAAAGGACAAGCGUAUUCUGUGACUACCCUUAGACCAAACCAAGCUGAGUACGACCAAAUUCUAUCUUUGCUGAAGUCCCAUAUUCCAGACUGUAACCCCAUCACCAUCAAUAAAAUCCAUAACCCGUACCUAAAAAGAGCAUUUUAUAACAACAAGGCUAAAUUAGAGAAUCGAUUCCCGGAUGUCAUGUACAAGGAUGAGUGGCUCUUCCACGGGACAGACUCCGCCAACGUCAAACCAAUUCUAGAAGAUAAUUUUGACUGGAGACUUCAUGGAACUAAUGUUGGACAACUUUAUGGACAGGGCGCGUACUUCUCCAACUACGCUGCAGUGUCUCGCCAGUACGGAAACGCCAUCUUCAUCUGCAAGGUGCUGGUGGGCCUCAUCGCGCGUGGCGACAGCACAACUGUCAGACCUCCUACAGACAA